AUGCAGUUAGAUGAUGACUUCUCAGUCCCUGGAGUUGAAGAGUUUGAUAGUAGCAGCGUACAGGAUAAAAACAUUCAGGAAUUAGAUGCAAGUAUGUCAUCACUGGAUCUGGAUGUCAUCAGUGAAGAUGAAUUUAACAACAUUAAAAACUCAAUUAUCGAGUGGGAAGAUGACACCUGGUGUCCUGAUAUGGAGACAAAGUCUGUGUCAUCAUUUGAAGAAGACGAAACAAAGGAAAUCGAUACAGACUAUGAUGACAGUGAUGAUGAUGACUAUAUGCCACAUAUUUGUGUGCGGACUGGCGGUGCUCUGAAGACUCCGAUUUGUCUGGAUUCCCUUCAAACAAUUAGUAUGGAGGACACUGUGCACGAUGCUGAAGACAACUCCCAAGACCCUACUAUUGCAGACAUACAUCCAAUCCCAGAGACUGCUAAAAUCAUGGUUGAGGAUGACAUAAUUGGCCAGCCAGCAUCUAUAACAUACCACAGUUGUCUGAAGCUGCUUGCCGAAUAUCGUGUUCUACCUGUUAACAUGUGUACUGCUAAGGACACAAACACAAAUGCAGAGUGUGGGGCACAUAAACCAUUUGAGGUCAACAUCCAUUCCAGGGGUACAGCUGCAAUUGUGGAAUGGAUAUGUUGUAAUGGUCACACUGUUUGGAAAUGGUCUUCACAGCCCAAUUUUAAAUAUGGAAUGCUUGCUGGGGACUUUAUGUUGGCGUGUAACAUACUGCUGUCUGGCAACAACUAUGCCAAGAUUUCUCUUCUCUUUAAAUUUAUGAAUAUGGGGAUGGUGGAGAAGUCAUCUUUUUUCCGAAUACAAGACUCAUACUGUGUGGACACCAUAAAGGAAUUCUGGAAGGAGAAGAGAGCUGAAAUCAUUGCCCAAAUACAGUCCAAAGGGCCUAUUGUGGCCUUAGGUGAUGCUCGGAUGGACAGUCCUGGAUUCUGUGCACACUAUUGCACAUAUUCAACAAUGGAAAAUGAAACUAAACAUAUAAUCAGUAUGGUCAACAUCGACAAGAGGGAGACCAUGAGGAACUCUGUUGUAAUGGAGAAAGAGGCCUUUCAACAGACCUUCGAGGCACUCCGCAAAGAAAUAAACUUGACUGAAAUUUGUACUGAUGCUCAUUCUCAAAUAUCAGCUCUCUUCAUCUACCUAACACAAAAGAAUAAUUGUUUAUGCAUCCAGGCAGGGCAGCAAAAGGGGUGUGCCAUUCUCCAGAUGUGGAAUAAAGACAUCUGCAAUCACUUCUGGUACUGCUGUAAGACGGCAGAUACCUAUGAAGAGUUUAUUGACAUGUGGGUGGGAGUCCUGCACCAUGUCACAGGAGAACACACGUGGGCUCUUGGUGAGUGUAAACAUGGCCCCUUGCUGGACGACAGAGAUAAAGAAUUGAUUGAGAGUGGUUCAGUGGCACAUGAGAGGCUGGCUGAAAUUAUUCUCGAUGAACGCUGGCUGAAGGUCGUCCCCAAGUAUCUGAAUUUCAGGUCAACUGCAGAUUUGGAGUCGUUUCACAACCACAUACUGAUGUAUGCCAGCAAGCGCUUCAGCUUUUCCACACCAGUUUAUGCUGCUCGUACCAUGCUGGCUGGCCUCGAUUACAACCAUCAUCUCCAUAGACCAGCCAGGAGAAAAGCUGAUGGCACAAUUCAGUAUGGCAAGGUGUACAACAAAAAGUCCAGGAAGUUGAGGUUAUACUCAUUGAAGGUGGAGAAGGACUACAGCUACAUCUCUGACCUACAGCGUGCCAUCCUCCUUCGACGGAUAUCAGCUAAUAAGGGGAUGCCUAGAAGCAGAACCAGGAGACCUGAUGAUCGCCGUCAACAUGGCGUACUGUCUGGUGCACCUGCUCCAUCAACACAGGAGCUAUUGCAAAUUCAAGUCAGCAGAGGGUUAGGUGAGUUCUUUAAAUACUGGUACCUCUAG